AUGUCCCACCAACAAAGCCCUUCGUCUUUCAUGGACCUGUUGGUUCUCUUUAUUGCAAUUGUUUUAGCUGUGGCCAUAGGUUUAUUGGCUCAUAAAACCAAACCGAUUGAAACGACCACAGCGCCAGCCACCGCCUCUCAAAUGGUAUUUGAAGAUGAGAUCGCUGCCAAGAUCUCCAGAUGGAAUUGUAUGCAAGAUGUGCCGAAGCACUUGUGGGACAAAUGGACUCCAGAUCCAACUCGCUUCCAAGGCGUCAACGAGUUCCUGUUCAAGACCGGAACCAACGGAACGGAACUCGAGGAGAUCCUCUACUUCCAUCGUCUGAAGAUGGACAGAAGAGGAGUCUCGUGGAUUCCAUACAACUCGCAUGCCUUCAACCAAUUUAUGGUGGGUGCUGGCGGAAAGCGAGUCAAGUUCCAGGGAAGUUCGAGAAUUGAGAAUGGAGAAUUCCACUACCACUUCCAGUUCGAGCACGCGAAAAAAGGAAUGCUGGGAUUGAAACUUGUUUACUUUAUUCCUCAUGAAUAUUUGAUUUAA